GUCCUGAAGGAGAGUCGUGUGCAGGUGCAAGAGAAACUAGCAGCAGCCAACAGCUACUCCAUAAGAACAACUCUGUGCUGAUUAUUCCAAUUCUUAUGAAGAAUUUGAAAAUGAGUAAACAAGGCACAGGCAAUCGUUUAUCGGUGAUAUUUUAUGAUGAAGAGAAUGAUGGUGAGAAUGUCAUCGGGAAGAAUGACAUUUGUUUUGAAGGAUACUUUACAAAAUCACCACCAGGCAAGAGGAUUGGAAUUCAGGCAUCAUGGAAAAAAAGAUACUUUGUGUUGACAGCAAAGGACAAUGAGCAUACCUUAUAUUACUUCAAAAACCAAGAACAGUGCAGAAAAUUGCCUCCACAUGGAAAAAUACAUAUCAACAAAACAACAGAGUUAUGCCAUGGUUUGGACGGUCAUCCAAAGUGGGCUAUGAUUCAAAGACUGUUUAAAUGUACCUCCGAGUCUGUGGUUUUGCUGAAGACAGAAGAAAGAGAUUAUUUCCUUAUUGGAGAAAUAGAAUCUGCACAAUUAUUGCAAGGCAUAAUUGCAAAUCUGCUUCACAUGAAGACAAUUCCAUCACUUGAGGAACAAUCCCAGGCUGGUUCUGGAAAAUGUGCCAAUAUUGAGCAACACCCACAGCCAGGAACACCUUCACCAGGCAUAGCUGAUCCAAUUUAUACUACUAUUCUAGAGAAUAACCAGAGAAAAACUAACUGGAUUAAUCCAAAACCACAUGUUGAAUCUGCUUCAUCAGAAAUGGACACAUCUAUUUAUGAUAAUCCUAAAAUGAUGGUUAAACGACUUUCCCAGCCCAUCCCAUCUACAUUUAAUGUAGAAAAGCCACGCUCUUUAUCACUGCCUCCGCAACUUGAGGACCCGUCAAAUAUUUAUGAUACACCAAAGAAUAUUCUAGCAGCUAUACGUCAAUGGAAAAAUGAAAGGCCAGAAUCUCAAGACUCUGGAAUCUACAUGCCCAUGGCUUCAAUUCGCAGCAGUACAAGCACCAAUUCAUCUUUCGACUGUUCAGAACAGAUUGACGAAGAAGAAGAAGAAAAUUUUACCAAUUUAACCAAGAGUGGAGUAUUUGUGCCAGAUGAUAUCCACCUGAAUACACAUCAGCAAUGUCCCCUGCGAUCAUCACUUCAACAUGCUGUCAGUGAGGAUUCCAAUUUGUUAAACGAGAAGAGAAAGGAGUUAACCUACCAGAAAACAUGGCACAGCAAUGUUACAGAAGAACCAAAGCUGGAGAAACUGGAUAUUAUAGUUCACCGGAAUGAUAUGAAAAACAAUCUGUCAAUUCAACAAGCAAGUCAGAAAAUCUGUGUCAUGUCUUCAGAUAAGAAGUGUCCUCUGAAAUUCGGAGAUCAAAUCUUGGCGAUCAACAAACUUCAGAUCAAUGGUGUUGAGGAAGUCAGCAUGUUUGUCAACAAAUUGAUAGAAGACAAGAUGAUAGUUACCAUAUUGCGACUAUCUGAAGCACCACAACUCAAGGAGCAUUAUCGUGAAAUGAAAAAAUGAAGAAAACUAAUAAGAUGGUUGUAAUUUGGAUGACGUAUAAUCAAAGUACCAUUGGUCAUAGAACUGUCAAUGUUCAAUAUUGAUCAAGUCAAAUCAUCCAUCAGGAAUUCAUCUGCAUUUGUUCUUAUACUCAUUCUUCAUGACCUUAAUAUUUUAAAUUACUAAGGUGUUGAAGAGUGGAGUUGAAGAGAUCUGGGAAUCUUCACGGUUCUUCAAGCUGUGUGGUCAAAGGACAUAGAGAUACAACAAAGGUUUAUCAUCUGAGCCAUUUCAAGCAUGCUGGCAUUUCCCUUUUGGUCUCCAAACAACUGCUAAGAUCAAAUAUAAUACAGUCUUCAUUAACAUUUAUCAACCCUCAGUGAUUUCUCGCUAGCAACUGUAAAGUGUUCUAUUUAGCCAGCUGGGAUUUCAAGAAGAAAUUCCAGUGCAUUAUUUGAUUAAUGAAAAGGCAAUUUAAUAAUUGAAAGACAAAUUGUGACGCUUUUGGUGAGCAUUAAGAACAUACGUACAAAUCCAUUGUAGGGUGCUUGGCAUGUAUGGUUAUUUUUGUAUUGCUAUUUAUUUUUAAAGGACAAAAUAGAAGAUGUAUUAAUAUCAUUGCUGCUACAAUAAUUUGUCCUUCAUUUGAAAGGCAAUUAUUAUUACUACUGGCAUGCACUUUUUACAUAUCUUACAGAUAUUAUUGUUGCAAAAUAAUAAUAUUCAUUCGGGCUGGUUUAGAUGCAAUAAAUAGUCACCACUCUGCUAAUUACAUAAAUAUUAGUUGAUAAGUGUAGUUUCUUUGAUUUUUAUUCAAAUUUAGUGAAGAAUAGAUUUAGUACUCGAAUAUUGUUUUUGCUUCUUUAAGUUGGCUUAAUGCUAUAAUUUGCAUGCCACAUUUAGAUUGCUGUAACUUAAAAUAGUUACAAGGCACACAGGUUAAUACAUGCACUAUUGACUCUAUGGCUGCUCAACAACUAGAAGGGAUUUUUUUGCACUGACACUGAAACCAAGCCAGUCAGAACUCCAGAACUGAUAUCCACAUUUUGAUCAGCAUCAACACUCCAUGUGUUCUUUCUUGAAGUUUAGAAAUAUAAUAAGUCAUAAAGCCUUUUUUUUUAGUUAACCAGUAAAUCGUCAGUUUUUAAAAACUUUACAUUUUUCUUCUUUGUUUUAAAUCUGGUACACAAUCCAUCCUGACCCUUUGAAGUAUUGAGGAAGAGCGGCAUUGUUCAGGUGGUAUUGUUGAAGUGAGAUGUUAACACAUCUAUAAUCUCGGGUGCGCAUUGAAAAGUCCAAUGACAAUAUUUAAAUCCAGUCAAAGUAGUUUUCUAUAUCCUGACGAAUAUUUCUUCUUGAACCAAAAUUACUUAAAUGGGCAAAUUGGUCAUUUUAGAAUGUUUAUGAGACUUUGAUGUGCACAAAUUGAGCAGAGUGCUUCCCUAGAAAAUUGAUUCAAUUUCAGAAGGCAAUUGUUGACAGUGAUCCACUUUGCAAUGUUCUGAAACAAUGAAAGGUGGUAUAUAAAUUGAAAUUCUUUACUUUUUAUUAUUCCUAUAACAUUAUUUGUUGCCAUUGUACUUCAAAACGACAUCUCAAAGAACUAAUUUAAAAGAGCAUAAUGUUAGCUACACUUCAGAACUCUGUGCAAGAAAUGUUACUUGAAAAUAUGAAAUAUAUAUGACAUCAAGGCUUUUGCAUUAAUGAUCAAAUUACAGUUAUGUUUUCUGUAAGUAACAUUCCAGUGGCUCAGUUAGACUGAGAUGUAACCUAUUGUAACUUGUGAACAAGUAUUGUAAAUUGUAUUCAUGAAUCCAUGAUAUCAUAAAAGGUGUGGGUUCAGAGUGAGCAUUGAGGAAAUGCUACUAUCGUAUAUUAUAUUAAGUAUCAGUUAUAUUGAGAAAAUAUAAAAAUAUUUUUAUGAAGGAUUUUUCUUUGAAAAUAAAGAGUUUGACAAAUGUCAGAA